CCCCGUUCAGCUUGUCGGCCCUACUGGAGAGAGCAGCAGCAGCCCCGGGCUUGGGGCGGGGGAAGUCCCUGCUCAGGCUGAGGGCUGCGCUGGGUGUGGGGGAGACUCACGGGCUCUUCACGUGCCCUCUGCGGCUCCGGCUCUUUAGGAAGCAUUUCCCGUGAAUGGGUCACAGCUGCUGCAAGUAUCUGGGGGAGCGAGGACCCAGCCCCGCAAACAGCCUGGAGAUGCAGAGGGUGCUGGGGACGCAGCUUCUCCCCGGUCCCCAGGAGAGGAGCGAGCAGGAGUCCCUCCGCUCCUGGCCCCAGCCAGGCUCCUGCGGCAGGGAGGCAGGGUCCCAGGGUGCUGCUGAUCCUGUGAAACUUAUUUCAACAAAUGCUUUAAUGGACAAGCUGCAUCUAAAAUAUGCACAAAAACCAUGGAUUGAAACUCUGAAACUUGUACGUCUUUGCAUGGAUAAACCACCUCGAGGUUCCAUUCAUGUUACCCCACAUCAUCCUUUACUCUCUUGCUUGGAGAAGAUACAGAGGACUUUAAAUGCUAAAUCUUUGUCUACUGUGAUGACCAGAUUGGAAUUUUUAUCCAAACAAAUGGGGUUGAAAUCUCACAUAAGCCCCAAUGGGACAGUUUGCUAUUUAACAUCAGACAUGUUCUAUGUAGAAGUUCAGUUGGAGAAAGAUGGAAAGGUGAUAGAUGUAAAAUUGGCUCACCUUGGAGAAGCUCCUGUGGUUUGUGAUGAUCUAGUACAGCUUCUAAGGAUGAAGAAUUAUGAUGCCUUUGGAAAGAUUCUAGAAGGCCUGUUAAAUCUGUAUCAGAUUCCAGGAAAUAGUGACAUGAAAGCUAAGGUAUAUCUCGCCUUGCAAUCUUUGGAAAAAGAUCUCUAUUCAAUGUCCCUUCUGUACAGAACACAAGAUGUAAACAGAGUUACGGAAGUACUUCAUGGAAAAGCAGGACACCUUGUGCCAAGAACUGGAGGGACCCCUAUGAACAUUGAAUAUUAUCUAUCUCCCUAUCAAGUUCUGGAAGAAGAGCUGAAUCCUGGCUCCCAAGUAUGUGGAAUAAAAGUAUUUGUAACUGUUGGAAGUUCAAACACAACACACAAACUUCCCAUUUCUCCGUUAAUUGUGGAUUCUCAGGCAGGAGAUGGCAACCCUGUUUUUUUACCACUGACUGAUGAACUCAGCAUGGAUUUGUCAGCUUGCUUUUUCUUGACGUUUCAUCAGCCUUUUCCUAUGUCUUCAUCCAAUAUUCAAGAGAUACAGAAGUUUACAGGAGUUCUGAUUGAUGGACUGAAGGUAGCUUCUCUUCAUGCAUUGAUUGUUCAAUUUACCCUUAAUGAUGAGUACAAGGAAGAUCUGUCCAUGAAUAAUUCUUGCUUCUUUGUGUCUCUUCCAGAUUGCCCGAAGCAUGGUUAUUUCAUAAAUAAGGGCACAGAGAAAUCAGGAGCCCUUGUCAGUAAAAUUCCAUUUACCCAUCCAAAGUGUGUGCCUGCUAUAAUUGAGAUCCUUCGGCAUCAAGUGACAUAUAACACUCUUAUUGGCAGCUGUGUCUCUGAGAACACUACAAACGAAGAUUGCUCAGAGCUGCUUUAUUUUGAAGUGUCUCCACAAAAGGGCACUAGCUUUUCCAUCUCAUUCCAGCAUCCUAUGGGAGAGAGCUUAGCCUGUGUGGUAGCUGAUGUCUUGAGCUCCAGACAAAUCAGAUGCAGUCUUCAUACAAAUCCUCAAGAUGUAUCUCUAAAUUGCUGCAAUGACUUUAUCACAAGAGUCAUGGAGCGUUGUAUGUCUGUCCCUCUCGUCAUGAGAGCUAUUUUCAAGAAUGCUGUCACAAUGAAAGUUGAUGGUGAAAUACAAAAUAUGGACGUUAUCUCUGAGCAAAAUCCUGAAGUGACCUGCAAGCAAACUGCAUCUUCUAACAGUACUGGAGCAAAUCUUUCUGGAGCCAGCAUGCAAAAUUCUGGUAUGGAGGCAAGCAGCUCCACGGCCAGUACUGAGUGUGCGAUUUGUGAUAUAUCAGUAUAACUAAAGCAAAUACUCAUCUGAUGUUUUCUGUGGUUCCAUGUCACUUUUUUGUAGUGUCUUGAGACAAUAUCUAUUGAUUGAUCAAACAGUAGAGGAGAAUUUGGCAAGAUCAAUACUUAUGUCUAGCAGGAUUUCCUCUUAGAAUUAAAUCUUUUCAACCCUGCAGAUUGCUAAAU